AAAUAAAACAGAAGGGUGUCUCCCAGCUGCAACGGUCUGCCCCCACGCCUCUGCAUUUCCCCAGCGAUUAGCCAGGGACCCAACACAGCCGCCUGACCUCUUUUACGAACAACAAAACCGUGAUGAAGGCAACAGGAGUCAGAAAACUAUUCACUGCAGGAAGCCCCAGUAUCCGGUGAGAAAUAAGAAGUACAACAGUACAGGAUGCGCCUUGGGUCAGGGGGAUGUGAAAAGCCCUCGGUCUUUGUGUUCUUCCCUGUGCCAGAACGUCUGCGUCGGAGCCCUCAGUUCUCUCAGCUCAACUGCUGUCACUGCAGGGCUGCCAGCCUCCCGCUGAAGGGGACACGGAGCCAUAAUGGCCACCUCUGCCGGCCUGCUGUUGCCGCUGCUGCUCCUGGGCCAGCCCUGGGCGGGGGCUGGAGCUCCCAGGGAAGCUGUGGUGUGCGCGGGGAAUGCCUGCUACACAGCCCACUGGGGCAAGCUGAGUGCGGCCGAGGCCCAGAGUCACUGCAGCAAGAAUGGGGGCAACCUGGCCACCGUGAAGAGUGAAGAGGAGGCUUGGCACAUCCAGCGAGCCCUGGCCCAGCUCUUGGAGUUGGAGGAGGCCCUAGAAGCUCGGAUGGGCAAGUUCUGGAUCGGGCUCCAGCGCGAAAAGGGAAAGUGCUUAGACUCCAGCUUGCCGCUGAAAGGCUUCAGCUGGGUGGGCGGCGGGGAAGACACACUUUACACCAACUGGAACAGGGAGGUCAGGAGCUCCUGCAUCUCUAGGCGCUGUGUAUCCCUGCUGCUCUAUCUGUCUCUGCCGUCUCAUGCCAGCCACCUCCCCAAAUGGUCUGAGGGCCCCUGUGGGAGCCCAAACUCUCCUGGAAGCAACAUCGAGGGCUUUGUGUGCAAGUUCAGUUUCAAAGGCAUGUGCCAGCCUCUGGCUCUGGGGGGCCCAGGCCGGGUGGAAUACAGGACCCCGUUCCAGGCCACCAGCUCCUCCCUGGACACUGUGCCCUUUGCCUCUGUGGCUAACGUGGCCUGUGGGGAUGGGGACGAGGGUCGGGAGCAUUACUUCCUGUGUAAGGAGAAGGCCUCAGAUGUGUUCGACUGGGGCAGCUCAGGCCCCCUCUGUGUUAGCCCCAAGUACGGCUGCAGCUUCAACAACGGGGGCUGCCAGCAAGACUGUUUCGAGGGUGGUGAUGGCUCCUUCCGCUGUGGCUGUCGGCCGGGAUUCCGGCUGCUGGACGACCUGGUGACCUGUGCCUCCCGGAACCCUUGCAGCUCCAAUCCCUGCAAAGGGGCAGCCACCUGUGUCCUGGGACCUCACAGGAAGAACUACACGUGCCUCUGCCCCCAAGGCUACCAGCUGGACUCAAAUCAGCAGGACUGUGUGGAUGUGGACGAGUGCCUGGACUCCCCCUGCCCACAAGAGUGUGUCAACACCCCCGGGGGCUUCCACUGUGAGUGCUGGGUGGGCUACGAGCCCCGUGGCCCUGGGGAGGAGGCCUGUCAGGAUGUGGACGAGUGUGCCCCUGGCCACUCGCCCUGCGCCCAGGGCUGCACUAACACAGAUGGCUCGUUCUACUGCUCCUGCAAGAAGGGCUAUGUCCUGGCUAAGGAGGAUGGCACCCAGUGCCUGGAUGUGGACGAGUGUGAGGGCCUGGAGCAUGGCCUUUGUGAGGGCUUGUGCCUCAAUACGCAGGGGUCCUUCCGCUGCAGCUGCCUGCCGGGCUGGGAGCUGGGCCCGGAUGGGGUCUCGUGUACCACAGGGUUCACGUCUCUGGCACCACAGACUGGGCCUCCCCAGGGAGAGGAUAUGGGAGAUAGAGAGGGGAAUCUUGUGUAUUCUUCCACAAUAUCCAGGCCCACCAGGGACUCUGAGGGCACCUCCAAGGAGGCAUCCACCAUGAAGAGUCCCUCCCUCCCAUCUGAGGCCCCCACCACCCUGACUGUGCCUGACAUGCUGGCUCACAGUGGGCCCCCUGGCGAAUGGAUGGAGCCCAGCACCCAUCACCCCAAGGCUACCACAGAUCGUGGGGAGAAUAUGGAUGAGGAUUCCAUGUCCAAACAAAGUGACAACGGCACCGAUGGGCAAAAGCUGCUUUUGUUCUAUAUCCUGGGCACAGUGAUAGCCAUCUUACUGUUACUGGCUCUGGCUCUUGGACUUCUGGUCUAUCGCAAGCGGAAAGCAAAGAGGGAGGAGGAGAAGGAGAAAAAGCCCCAGAACGCUGCUGACAGCUACUCCUGGGCUCCAGAGCGGGCUGAGAACAGGGCCUUGGAGAAUCAGUACAGCUGUGUGCAUUUAUCUGCUUGCUGUAGAACCAGCUGGAGUUUUUAAUUUGCACCAUGAAUAAUGCUGCCAGAACUUUCCCUUGCAUCUAUUGGAUCCAAGGUUCUUCAGUAGCCAGCUGGUCACCAGAAGUGACCAUAAAAGCAACAACCAGUUCCAAGGAAAAUCAUUCUCCUGUGGAAUAAGACAAGGAAGGGUUCCUCAUGUUCUGGAGAGCCCUUUGAGGGACUCUGGAAAGCUGGGUCUUACUAAAUGUCCCAGAAACCCCUUCCGAAGAAGAAGAAACCCUGAUGAGGAGUCUUUGCCAGUGCUUCUCUGGAAUCUGGCUUCAGAAUUAUUCUCACUCUGGAAAGUAUUCACAGGGACUUGGGUGUGGACUGAAUGCUUCCCCAUCUCCCCAUGGGUGGGCUGGCUCUGGAUGCAGGUGAGCAGGACCUGAAGCUCCCUCAGUGGGGAUCUACUCCCUUUCCUCUCCCUCAAAAGCUUGAGGAAGCCUCAAAUACGUGCAGGCCUGUGGGUGGAAGUGGAAUUUCUGAGUAACAGACUCAAAUGUUGGCCACCUUGAGCCCAGAGUAAAGCUGCCUCCUUACAGUGGACUGUGGACUGUGACUCCUUUACUCCUCAGAGGGCCUGUGUUCCCAAGUUCAAGAUGUUCCGAGUCAAAUCACCCAAAGUUGUCAAACCAUCCUGCAGGACUGCAGCCACCAAAGGUGUGUAGUAGCUAGUCUGCAACCCUGACUGACCAGAUAUUGAUGGAAAUAAGCUAUCUAACUAGCAUCUAGGAGUUACUAAAAGAAUUCAGGUCUGUAUUAUUCAAUAACAAUCUGACUAGAUAAUGGGAGGGGGUCAAAUUUUGAUUGUUCCCAUGACUAAAUUUUAGGAAGAUUUAUUGCAUAGCAGUAAAUAGCAUAUUGAUUAUAUUGGACAGUGCUAUGCUUAUGCUACAAUGCCAGUGUUGAGUAGUUACAACAGAGACAAAAGGGCCAGCAAAGCCUGACACAUUUACUACCUGGCCUUUUACAGAGGAAGUUUGCCCUGCACAAAAUUCUUCCCAUACCUGGGUCUUAACUGGUGCUCUGAUUGCCUUGCCUGCCACAACUCAAAGCAAGAAACCACAAGAUGUAGCAACUAAAUAGUAAAUUGGUAGUUAUGUUGUGGGUGCAUUAGGAUAGGGCUCUACUACAUAGCCUGGUUGAAUCUCUGUGAUAGAAAUCUGUUCACUUGUGAAAUCAUUGUUUGGGGAAGCAUGUGUGCUGAGAUCUGGGAUGCAAAAAUCUAAGUUUUUCCUAAGUCCACAAGGGCAACUCUCCUGUGAUGCUGCUAAAGACACUUUCAUUAAAUGCUUCAAAAGCAGUGAGCUAAGAGUGACUCAAAAUACAUUCUAUUUUGCAUAAGACUUCAAAACUUAGGUGGCAUAUUAUUAACAAAUUACUUUCAAAGCCACUAGCUUUCAAUUGCCAAAAAGUAAUUUUGCCUUCUUUAUAAAGAAUUGGAGGGGUGCCUGGGUGGCUCAGUCAGUUAAGCAUCCGACUUUGGCUCCAGUCAUGAUCUCAUGGUUCAUGAGUUCGAACCCCGCAUCAGGCUCUGUGCUGACAGUUCAGAGCCUGAAGCCUGCUUCAGAUUCUGUAUCUCCCUUUCUCUCUGUCCCUUUCUUGCUUGUAGUCUCCCUCUCUCAAGAAUAAACAUUAAGAAAAAAAAAGAAUUGGAACCCAUUAUUUAUGAAGAACAUGUUUGUUGUAAAAAAUAUAGAGGAAAGUGAAAAUCAUUUGUUAUGCUUCAACACAGAUAACUUUAUUAAUAUAUACACAUAUAAACUAUAUAUUAUGUGUAGUUUUUUUUCUAAAUCAGAUCAUCUAUUUCCAUAGCUUCCCAUCCAAUGGAUAUAUCUGUUAUAAUUCAUUAACUGUUCUUUGUAUGCUAACAAAAUAUUCAGGUUUCCAAUUUUCGAAAAAGAUUAUGUGUAGUUAGUUUUAUGACAGAUGAAUGUUUUUGUUGCUGGAUUUCUUACAUUUAACACAUUUAAAGUACAUAUUAAAAUAUAACUUUGUUACAUAGCAUUAAAAAUAUAUAAGUUCUCUUUUCUUAAUUUUAUAAGUAAGGUAUGUUUUCCACACAUGCUUCACUUUUAAGCCUCUCAUCCUGCAUGUAGCUGAGCCAAGAACGUAUCCCACAGGAAAUGUUUGCCAGACGUCAAAGCAUAUUUGACGUUUUUCAAAUAACGCUUUUGGAUUUCUUGGCUCCCUUGUGAAGAGUAUCUUCAAGGACAGAGCAUUCCUUUCAAAUAUGUAUUGUGUUUUCAAUAAAAACAUAAUCUGCUGUGAAUAAAUAUUACAUAAAAAAAUAAAGGGAGAGUCUAAAAUGGCAUACAUACACCUUGACGAAACAUAGUUCUGGAAAUUUCUAUUUGACUAACCAAGAUAGUUCUGCAUUUUUUUUUUACCUCAGUUGUUCUUAAUUCAGGGGUUCCAUAAAUUUAAUAAAAAAUAUUGCGUCCUUAUUUUCACUAAUCUCUACCUGAAACUUAGCGUAUACUUCCAUUCUUGGGGGAGAAAAAGUUAUCAGCACUGAAAUCACAGAUACUUCACACCACACCAUGGUUAUUAUUCUAGAACUCUCAACAUCUUGUUUGCACUGAUCGCCACUUUGAGAUUAUGAUAUUUAUGUGAUACACCAUAAAGGUCUUGUGAUUUUAAAAUCCAUAAAGAAGUAUGUGUAUUUAAUUUCAUGUAUUUGUUUCUUUUUUAUAUUCUUCUAACUAUAUUUCAAUAUGAUUGGUACUCUUUGUAAUUCUGUGUAUCAUCUCACAUACAAAAAUUAACUCAAAGUGGAUAAGAGAUCUAAACGUAAGAGCUAAACUAGAAAACUCUUAGAAGAAAACACAAGUGUAAAUCUGAUUCAUAAAUAAAGGAUGACUUUUCAUCUAUUUAGAACUUAACAUUUUUUAUUUUAACAUUGUGUGGUUUUUGGAGCAGCAUUGACCCCUCAACAAUUCAGGUUUGAGCUAUAUAGGUCCACCUAUAUGGGAGUUUAGUGCAGGACUGUGAAUGUAUUUUCCUUAUGAUUUUGUUAAUAAUUGUUUUUCUCCAGCUUACUUUAUUGUAAGAACACACUAUAUAAUACGGGUAACAUACAAAACAUGAGUUAAUCAACUGUUAUCAGUAAGGCUUAUUUUCAACAGUAGUUAAUUACCAGUUAAGCCUUUGGGGAGACAAAAGUUAGAUGCAAAGUUUUGGCUGCAUGGAAAUGGGGGAGUGACAGCCCUAACCCCUGCAUUGUUCAAGGACCAACAGUAUACAUUUUACACUUCUUUUGUUAAAUUUAUUCUUAAGUAUUUUAUUCUUUUUGAUGCUAUUGUAAAUGGAAUUGAUUUCUUGAUUUUGUUUUCAGUUUGUGCCUUGUUACUAUAUAGUAAUACAAUUGAUUUUUGUGUGUUGAUACUGUAUCCUGCAACUGCUAAACCCAUUUAUUAGUGCUUAUAGUUUUUAAAUAUUUUCCUUAGGACUUUCUAUGUACAAACAAGAGAAUGUCAUUAAUGAAUGUAUAUAAUGUUAUUCCUUUUUUUUUUUCUGAUCUGGAUGCCUUUUAUUUCAUUUCCAGCCUUAACUGCUCUGGUGAGAAUCUGCAGGACACUUGAUAGCAGUGGCAAGAGCUGACAUCUUUUUCUGUUUCUGAUCUUCGGAGGAAAGUUUUUAGUAUUUGAUGAUUAAGUAUGAUGUCUGCUGUGGGUUUUUUGUAGAUGAAACAUAAUUUUACUAACAAAAAAAUGAGCCAAGAAAAGAUUGCCCAUUUUUACCUUGCUUCUUGAAGAAAGCUUGGGUAAGAGUCAAAAUUUAGUAAAAUAUUUGCUCUGCCAUACUGACAUGAUAUUGUCUAUUGAAUAACAUUUGCUUAUCAGACAUUUAUUUUCCAAGCUUAGACCCAUAUAUUGCUGCUUAGCCACAGAGUCUUAAUUUUUAUGGCUGCAUUGUAGUAUUGUUAUGGCUUAUAAAUAUUAUGUUUUUACCUUUGUAAUUUCUUUCUUCCUAAUUUCUAACUUAUUAUAAUUAACAUCAAGGUUAAAAAUAAGAUUGAUGUAUCUAUUAGUCAAGUACUAAUGAUGGUUAUAUAAUUUUAGCACUCCUCUUUUAAAAAAAAAGUAAUGUUUUUAUUUUGAGAGAGAGAGAGUGAGAGAGAGAGAGAGAGAGAGGGCACUCUCUGGGGAGGGGCAGGGACACAGAAUCUGAAGUGGGCUCCGGGCUCUGAACUGUCAGCACAGAGUCCAAUGUGGGGCUCGAACCCACAAGCCAUGAGAUCAUGACCUGAGCUGAAGUCAGAUGCGCAACUGACUGAGACACCCAGGUGCCCCAUUUUUAAAUUUUAUUCAUUUUUGAGAGAGAGAGGGAGACAGAGAGACAGAGACAGAGCUAGUGAGGGAGAGGCAGAGAGAGAAGGAGACACAGAAUCCGCAGCAGGCCCCAGGUUCUGAGCUGUCAUCACAGAUCCUGACCAGGGCUCCAACCUAUGAACUGUGAGAUCAUGACUUGAGCUGACUGAACCAAUCAGGCACCCCUUAAUACUUCUAUUAAUGUUCCCCUUAUAGAUUCUGAUUGCAGUUUUGACCACCAUUACCUUGAAAACAAUUGUGAAACAGCAUCCUUUGAACCUAAGAAAAGGACACUAAUGUGCUUCCAGCAAUGGCUGGUACAUUCAGGUGACAUUAUCUGACUGUAUACAGCAGCACCAUCUAAAAGAAAUUUUGCUAAUGAUCAAAUAUUCUGUCUCUGUAAUGCCCAAUCUGGUAGUCACUAGCCUAUGGUGCACCUGACAUAGGACUGGUGACACUGAGAAAUAAACUUUUAACUUUAAUUGUAAUGACUUUAAGUUAACUAACCACAGGUGAUUAGUGCCUAUCAUAUUGGAUAGUGUAUGCAACUUUUAUCUGCCUUGUCCCCAAGUUUUUCCAACAUCAUUUUCCAUCCAAAGGUCCUGGAACUUUCAUCACCAGCAACAAUUAGUAGUCAGUCAUGUAUCUCCACAGUCUUGAUGUUCUUAGCACCUGGAAUUGUGCCCUCUAGUAGGUGGUUUUUCAGUAAGUGAUCAUGUUGGAACUACAAAGUUCUUUUCAAGUCUUU